AUGGGCUGUGGGAACAGUAAAGUGCUGCCUGAGGCAUCUAAGAAGGGCUAUGUAAGUGUAGUGCAAUCGCUUGUGGCCUUUAGUAAAGCACAUGAUGAUGAUGAGCCGAAGAAGCGCCCAGAGAAGCAAAAAAGUCCAUGGUUUUCCACCAGCGUUAAGAAUCUUCAUCCACCAUCAAACAUCCAACAGCAGACUCUCAGGGAUGGACGGCACCAGGACAAAGCUGCCAAGUAUAAGGACAAGUUUGAUCCACGUGUGACAGCAAGAUACGACAUCAAGGCUCUGAUCGGUCGAGGAAGCUUCAGCCGUGUUGUGCGUGUGGAGCACAGGGCGACUCGCCAGCCCUUCGCCAUAAAAAUGAUGGAGGUAGAGGCCCCAGAGGGCCGUGAGGUGUGCGCCUCGGAGCUGGCAGUGCUGCACCGAGUGAGACACUCUAAUGUGAUUCAGCUGAUCGAGGUGUUUCAGUUCCCGCAGCGGGUUUACAUGGUGUUGGAAUUGGCCACAGGUGGGGAGCUGUUGGACCGUGUUGUCAGCAGGGGACACUUCACAGAGAGGGACGCAACCCAGGCCCUCCGGAUGGUGCUGGCUGGGGUUGGCUACCUGCACAACCUGGGAAUCACCCAUAGAGACUUGAAGCCUGAGAAUCUUUUGUACUACCACCCAGGGGCCGACUCCAGGCUGCUUGUUACCGACUUUGGAUUGGCCACUUUUGGCAGCACAGGCGCAGGGUCCAAGGUUUCAGGCCCUGACAGAAGUGACGCCGGAGAUCAUGUUGGAGUAGAUAGGACUUGGUUCCUUAGAACCACCUGUGGAACUCCAGAGUACAUUGCCCCUGAGGUGUUGCUAAGGAGACCCUAUUCCUGUGCAGUGGACAUGUGGGCCCUGGGGGUGAUCACUUACAUUGUGCUGAGUGGAUCCAUGCCGUUUGAGGAUGAAAGUCGCAUGCGGCUCUACAGAUCCAUUGUGAGAGGAAAAUACAGUUUCCAUGGAAAUCCUUGGCCCUCAGUGUCCAACCUGGCCAAGGACUUUAUCCAGCGCCUGCUGCCGUUGGACCCAGCCACCCGUCUGACGGCCGACCAAGCCAUCCGUCACCCCUGGGUGGUCACCAUGGCAGCCAGCUCUUCCAUGAUGAACCUCCAUCGAUCUAUUUCCCAGAACCUCAGGCAGCGGGCAUCACGCAGCUCCUCCCGGUGCCCGAGCAGAACCGCGAGCUCUGGUGAUUCCAACAGCGUGGGCCUGGGAAGACUAAUUUCGCUGGAGAAAAACCAAGAGCAGCAGCAAGGCAGGGCAUCUGGACUGAGUCAGCCUCAGAGAGUCAUACAACAUCCAGCCAGAGGGCUCCAGGAGCAUCAUUGCCAUCCAACUGAAGCCCCAGAUUCAUGUGAAGGCUAA